AUGGCGCAUGCUGAAGCGUACGGUCCAAAUCUGCCAACAUUUGCAGAUUUGAAGAACCAUCUGCGCAAGGAGCCGCUUUACUUCCAGGUAUUGGAAGGAUACCUGCAAAAUACGGCCAAACUGAUUGAGGAUUUGAGGGAGAAGUUGGACAAUGAAACGAAUGAAGUUUCAACGGCAGACUUGAGAAUCCGCCCAAGUCCUCCGCCAUCUCGGGAACAGAUAGAAACGUUCCAUCAAUCCGGGGAAUCCAGAGGUGGAGGAGAUGGCGGAGGAGAGGCAAGUACCGCACGAUUAGGAAGGUCUGCGGAAAUUCCAGAACGCAGUGAAGCGGAAAGCAUUCGCGAAAUAGCACUGCGUUCACGGACGAUACGGAUUCCACAACGUGAGGCAAAGCCAGUAGUGCCGGAAUCCUUUCAUGCGCCGGCAGUGGAAGGUUUACCGGCGUGGUACCAACAACUGCUGGUGAGGCCACCGAUUGACCCAUACGUAGUUAUUCGAAAUGCUGAUGGGUCAACCACAAUUGGCUUCUGUCAAAAAUGCGGCCAUUUCGUCGAUAUGCCGCAUGUUCGCUCUGAUGACGAAAUUACAGUCAUGAUGGAGCUACAUGCUUUGGAAUGGUGCCCUAGGGCCACGAAGGCUGUUAUGAAUGACAGAGCUAUUAAACGACGAAGACUUGAGUUGGUGCCUAAUAAUAAUGAAAUCUCUACCCAAGCCGCAACUCAAUCGAUGCACCAAUUCAAGAACCAUUUCUGUCCAAGUUCGCUCCGCUCAAUCAAUUUUCUUCUCCUUGCGCAGGUAACCUAA